AUGAGUGCAGAGGACCGCAAGUUCCUUAACUACCCUCCACCCCGCGAGGGGCCCAAGGUGCCCUACAAGAACGAGACACAGUCAAUCCCCGUUUUCCGCGGCAUUCCACUGGCUAUCGGCGCAACACUAAUUCAUAAUGUCGGGUUGAUCCAGAGCCACUUCUGGCGCAAUGCGGGCUUCGAUGUAAUCCGCCAGAUCCCUCAGCUCGACCAGUAUGCCGCGCGCAACGACCCCACCGUCAUUCCAGUCGACGACCACAGCAAGGAUGAACCAGAGACAUGGACGGUCACCGUGGCCAAGAGAACGGGAGGCAAGGCCCAUUAUACCUCAGCUGACUACCAAGAGCUAUAUCUCUCCGGUGACUUGACCCCUACUGCGGUCGUGGAGACGCUUCUCCCUCUGAUCCGGCGCGACGUCGUGCCGUCAGGCAAACAUUCUACUGCUUUCCUUGAGUCUCAAGUCGAGAGAAUUCUUACAGCUGCAGCGGCCUCGACGGAGAGAUUUAAGAAGGGUCAGGCACUGGGCCCACUGGAUGGUGUGCCCGUCGCGGUGAAGGAUGAGGUGCAUAUCACCGGAUACAAGCGCACCGUGGGGACCAAGUUGGAUUUCAAGGGUGAUAGUGACGACACUUCGUGGUGUGUCAAGAAGUGGGAAGAAGCUGGGGCAAUUGUUAUUGGAAAGACUACUAUGCAUGAGCUGGGGCUAGAUACAAAUAAUAACAAUCCCAACUAUGGGACCCCCAGAAACCCUCACAACAGGAACUACUACUGCGGCGGUUCAUCUGGUGGGUCCGGGUACGCUGUCGGCGCGGGCCUGGUGCCCAUCGCCCUCGGCGCAGACGGCGGAGGCUCCAUCCGCAUCCCCGCGUCGUUCUGUGGCAUCUGGGGACUGAAGCCGUCACACAGUCGCGUCUCUGGAGCGCCGACACUCAGUCUAGCCCCAUCUGUGGGUGUCCUCGGACCCAUGGCAUCCAACAUCGACGACCUGGCAUACGCCUACCACCUCAUGUCCAUACCAGCACCAGCCUCGCAAGACCCCGUCUCCGCUCAGUUCCCAAAACGCGGCAGCACCCCACCAAAACCCUUCGCCCCGCAAACAAAAACCAUCGGCAUAGUCCGCGACUGGAACGACCGCGCCGAAGGUUCCGUGCGCGCUGUUUUAGACAACGCACUCGACUACUACCGCCAGCAAGGCUACACAAUCAUCGAUAUCACAAUCCCUUACCUACCCGAAGGCCAGCGCGCGCACGUGCUAACCAUCAUGGCGGAGAUCGCCUCCGGCGUGCACCCGAGCCAGAUCUCGAAACUCACCGCGCCAAACAAGGUGCUCGUCUCGAUGGGAAUGUACCAGAUCACGGCGCAGGACCUGCUCGCCGCACAGCGUCUGCGCAAUCUCCUAAUGACCCACCUCGCGCACCUCUUCCAGUCGCAUCCGGGCCUGCUGAUCGUCUCGCCGACGACCCCGAUCCCCGGGUGGCACAUCGACGGCGAGAAUGACUUGUCCCGUGGUCUGUCGGAUGGCAAAUCCUCCGUUCGCAACAUGGAGUAUGUCUGGCUGGCCAAUUUCACGGGCUGUCCGGCCAUCAACUGUCCCGCUGGCUAUGAUCCUGACUCCGGAAUGCCUAUCGGCGUCAUGGCGAUGGGUGAAUGGGGUACAGAGGAGGAUUUGCUGCUUUUCGCGCGUGAUCAUGAGCCUAUCCUCGAUCUUCCUGCUGCUCUGCCUCCUGUCGCAAGUGGGGAUGGUGAUGCGUCUGGGACAAAGGGCCUGCGUGCUCCUGGGACUAAGGAUGCUGUUUGGGAAGAUGUUAUUGCUAGGGCUAAGGAGAAGAUGGCUUCUGCUUGA